AUGGCGAAAAAACGUGUAGUUGCGCCUGAUCCAAGUACAGGAGAGAAAAUUGCAGCCCAUCUAGACUUAAAAGUAGCAAUAGAAUUAGCUAUGGCUGCUGUCAGAGAACUAGCUGAUGAUUCAUCUAUUAAACUUCCUCGUGUUAUUCCCAUACGUGAAACUGGUGGAGUAUUACCCUUGAUCCCGAUUUUUGUGGGACUAUCAGCGGCGGGAGCCUUAGCAGGCGGUGCGGCUGGUAUUGCUAAAACCAUAAAUGAAUUCAAAAUGGCUAAAAACCUGUAUGAUGACUAA